GGCACGGGAGCGGGCACGGCCAUGGGCCCCCCGCACCCCUCCCGCGGGCCCGGGCCCUGCCCGGCCCCCGCCGCCCUCCCCGGCCCCUCGGCCCUCCCCGGCCGGGCGCGGGGGCUCCGCGGCAUCGCGGCCUUCGCCCAGCGCCCCUCUGUGCCCGCCGCCGCCUCCCCCGCCGCGACGUCGCCGCUCCCGGCGCUGUUCCGCGGGCUGGGCUUGGACGAGCGGCCCCGCGAGCGGCCCCUGGGUCGUGGCGGCGCUGGCGAUGGGAAGGCUCUGGCGCAGCCCAGCCCGGCACGGGACAAGGAGGAGGAGAAGGAAAAGGGGGCAGCGCUGGUGGCGCUCCCCACGCGCGGGCAGAUCCGAUGGCAAGGCCAAGGGGACGCGCCGCCCACCCGCCCUGGAGGAGCCACCACUGUGCCCACCCUGAGCUCACUCGGCCCCCUGCGCCCCCCCAGGAGCCCCCAGCCGGUCCCCCCAGGGGUGAAGGGACCCGCUGUCCCCCUGGGGCUGAACUUGGUGAGGAUCCACUGCCAGAACGAAGUUGUCUACCAGUACCAUGUGACCUUCAGCCCCGAGGUGGAGUGCAGGAGCACUCGCUUUGCCAUGCUGAAGGAGCAGCACGCUGUCACUGGGGACGUGUUGGCCUUCGACGGCUCCAUCCUCUUCCUGCCCAUCCAGAUUCCCAAGGUCAGUGUGAAGGCUCAGAGGAAGAGCAAUGGGGAGGAGGUUUGCAUCACCAUCCAGAUGACCAAGGUCCUGGAGGCCAGCUCAGAUCUCUGCAUCCCCUUUUACAACGUGGUUUUCCGGAGGGUGAUGAAAAUCCUAAACAUGAGCCUGGUUGGGAGACAUUUCUUUGAGCCUGCCCAGGCCACCACCUUGCAUAAACACAGCCUCCAAAUUUGGCCGGGAUACGCCGUCAGCAUCCGGAAGAAGGACGGCGGGCUCUUCCUCAUGGUGGAUUCCAUCCACAAAAUCAUCCGCAGCGAGUCCGUCCUGAGCGUGAUGCAAACAAUCCACUCCCAGAGCCAGAAGACGUUCCAGGACGAGUGCACCAAGGAGCUGGUGGGCAGCGUGGUCAUCACCCGCUACAACAACCGCACCUACCGGGUCGACGACAUCGACUGGGACAAGACCCCCAGGGACACUUUCACCCUGGCCAGCGGGGAGGAAAUCACCUUUGUGGAGUACUACAGCAAAGCCUAUGGGAUCACCAUCAGGGAUCUGGACCAGCCGCUGCUCAUCCACAGGCCCAAGGAAAAACAGACAAUGUACAGGGAGCGUCAGCUGGACAUGGUGGUGCUGGUGCCAGAGCUCACCUUCCUGACCGGGCUGUCCGACCUGCAGAAGAACAGCCGGACGCUGAAGGAGGUGAUGUGGGAGAUGAUGCAGAGCCCCCAGCAGCACCACCUGCGCCUCACCAACCUCCUGCGCCAGAUCCGCGACAGCCCGGAGGCCUCCCAGGAGCUGGAACGCUGGGGGCUGCACCUGGACACGGAUAUCUGCAGGACCCAGGGUCACAUCCUGCCCUCGGAGCGGAUCAACCUCCGGCACCGCUCCUUCUUCCCCGAGGAGGACCUGAGCUGGCACAGGGAGGUGACCAAGGAGGUGUCCAUCUCGGCGGUGAGCCCACCACGGGAACAGCCUCCCCUUGUCUGGGAGCUGGCCUGGGUUUUCCUAAGCGCUGGCAUUCCGGCUGAGCUGCCUCCAGCUCAAACCCUUCCCUUGUUUAUGUUGGAUUUGAGCUUCAGCCUGUUUUUCCGAAGGAGCUGGAGAUCUCCAUAAAUUCCUGGCUCCUGGUUUAUCCCAAGCGGCUGCAGCAGGUGGCCCAGGACCUGGUGGCAGCCGUGAGGAGCGCCUGUGGAGCCAUGGGAAUGCAGGUGGGACA